AUGAACAGUGAGGAAUUGCUCGCUCAAUUAAUGGAUAGCAAAAAGAAGGCUCGUCCUCGGUUAGGCUCCGUUAAAAUGGAUACAACCACCACUUCGGAGAGCAUGAUGAUGAAGGGAGGAGCAGGAAUGAGCGGUGGAGUGAAUGUUGUUCAGGAACAUUCCAAACAUUUGAAAUUGACACCCAAGGACAUGAAAAUUCUCCUGGCUAACUUUAAGAAGAAGAGUGAUAGUAAGGGUCGAAUCAAUCGAGAACAAUUUGAGGAAGUGAUCCGAUCAACGCUCUCCUCCUCUCUUGAUCAUCAUGCGCUCACUUCAGUGAAUAAGAUUUUCGAUGUUUUCGACAGCGAGAAGUCAGGACAUGUUGACUUUGUAGAACUCUCCACUGGUUUGAGUAAUACCUUGUACACAGACAAGAAGGAGCUUUUGAAAUGCUAUUGCUUGCGGAUUUGGAAAGACAAUGAAGAUAUGGUCGAAUAUAUCGGAUUUAAAGAAUCCGACUAUGAUGCUUUAGAGUCACAAAUUACACAAUUACAAUUAGAAAAGGAUAAGCCAUUUAACAAGGUGGAUGCUUGUCUAACUGGUGUCAAUUGGGGCAAGCCACUUAUCAAAGGCAACAACAUGACCAUGUAUUUUGAUAAUAAGGAAAUGUUUACAAUUUCCCUGUCCGAUGAUGUUAAAAAUUGUCAAAACAUUCCAAAGAAUUCUGAAUUAGUGUUAGAGUUUAGAGAUGAUGAACCAGCCGAUAAGAAUUCGAUACAACUCACAGAAAUUCGAUUAGUCUGUCCUGAAGAUGCAGAAGAAGAUGGAGCUACAGAAGAUGGAACCAAAGAAAAGAGCACUGAAAAGAAACAAAACCCACUUUCGGCUGAAGCACUCCACGAAGAAAUUGCUAAAAGAACAGCCUUCUCAAAUGACACUGCCAAUGCAAUUGCAUCAUUUUCUCAAAUGCCUGUGGUCAUACCUAGAGGUAAAUACAAUGUGGAUCUCUACAAGAACAACCUUAGAUUGUACGGUAGAACUUAUGUGCACAAGAUUUUCUACAAACAAAUUUCCACACUCUUCCUUCUUCCAAAACCUGAUGAUAAGCACAUGUACUUGGUGAUUAGCUUGGAUGUACCUGUUAGACAAGGUCAAAAUCUCAUUUCCAUAUUAUGCACUCUCCCCACCAUGAGUGGAAAGACUUAUGAAGUUUUUGCAAAAGUUUUGAGAGCCUUGACAGGAAAGAAGCUCAUUGGUCCUGGAAAGUACAACAGUUUCAAUGACAAGAAGGGAAUCAAGUGCUCGCUCAAAGCCAACGAAGGAUUCUUGUUCUUCCUUGAAAAAUCCAUCUUCUUCCUUCACAAACCAGUUAUUUAUUUGAGACAUGACGAAAUCAAAUCUAUCAAAUUCCAAAGAGCUGACACGACUGGAAGCGGCUCUAGAUUCUUUGAUUUAGUUUUUGUGUUAAAGAAUGGCAAAAUCACACCUUCUCGAACAUUGACAAGAAUGAGAGGAGAAGACGAUGAAGAAGACGAUGAAGAUUUUGUUGAUUCCAAAUCUGAUGAAGACGCAGAGGAGGAGGAAGACGAUGACGACGAAUUUGAAAAGUUUGUGGAAGAAAAGGAUGCUCUCCAAUCCGAGACUGAAGCUCUUCUCAAAGAUGCUGGUGACAUUGACGAUUUGUCAAGCAAGAAGCGAAAGAAAGCAACGAGCAGCAGCACUGGUGGCGAUGCCUCUGAUCCAAAAGCAAAGAAGAAGAAGCAGUAG